UCAAAUAGGAAAAUUAUAGAAUUCAAAACAUCUUUGCAAAUAAUGCAGCAUUAAACUAAUCUCACUCAAUACCUGCUUUUAAGGUAAGCAGCAAAAACAACAACAAAAAAAAACCUUUCUACAGCAAAGAACCAUGCUCCUACCUUAAUCUUGCCUAGACAUACCUCCUCAUUUGUACACUGUGCUAGUCACCAUUUAAUAUUCAGCGUGCACAGCUCAAGUCGCUGCCCUUUUGAGUAGGGAGUGAAGGAGCUUAUUAGGGAUCUGCCAUGAACAACUUACAUGUAACUCAGCCCAGGGAGAAAGAGAAAAGUGCUCAUGUUUCUGCCAAAAAAAAAGAAGAGCACUCUGAUGGAGUCAGGCAAACAAGUGACACAAUUGAAAACCGACUGAAUAUAAAGGAAUUUGCAGAACUUCAGAAUCUUUUCAAGUCUCCAGGAUUAAGUCAACAGGAAUGCAUGAACAGAGAAGAAUUUAUGGAAAAAACAUACACUGCUUUGGGCCAUGGUAAUAAAGAGGAAUAUGGGGAAUUAUUUGAUAAGAUAGAUGUGAGUCGUGAAGGCUUCAUUGAUUGGGACAAAUUAACAUCUUUCAUGUUGCUUGAGCUUUAUGAGAAAGAUGAGCGAGCAAAAUCAUCAGCAAUCCCCCAAUGGAAAGAUAUUCGCAGUCUUCCAUUAAUUCACAAGGAAAACAUCCAAAAUGUUGUUUAUUUGAAAGGUUCCUGCCGUUAUAUAACUCUGAGCAAAGACGGAUCACUGGGAGUCUGGGGAGAGAAUUUAAAGUUACAACGAAACCCGAGGAUCUCUACCGAUACUGUCAAGCUCAAAGAUUUAUGGGCUACAAGCUUGGUGUUUCUGGGUAAUGUAAACAAGAUUGCAGUUGCUUUUACCAGUAAAGAAAUUUGUUUUUAUGAUCUCAACUCAAAGCAAGAUCUUUUUUGCCAAUAUAAACUUCAAGGUUUAAAAGGCACACCAAUCUGCAUGGACUACUGGCAUAAUCCGGAUGAUGCCAAUGAAGGCAUUCUUACAUUUGGAGAUGUUAUUGGACAGGUUCAGGCAAUUUGUUUUACAACAGCGUUGAUAUCCUUGUUUGAACGGCCUGCUAGUUCUGCUGAGGACCAACAAACAACUGUUUAUAUCACCUGGAAUGAAUUGGUGUCUGGCUACCAUAAAUGUUGCUUUGUUUUAAAACACAAGCUCCAUGAUAACCAUUGGGUCCGACAAGUGAGUUACAACUCUAAUUUAGAAGUGCUCCUUUCAUGCUCUACAAGUGACAAUAAUACGGUGAUACUGGCCUGGAGAGAAAAAGGCAAAUCUCAUCUGAGGACAUCCUUUCUGAACAUCGCUAAAGGCAUUAAUGGCUUUGACUAUCACCCAGGACUAAAUUUAAUUGCUACCGCUGGUAUUGACCAUAAGAUCUGUCUCUGGAAUCCAUUUGUUGUGUCUAAACCAACUGGAGUGCUCCAAGGAAACAUGACCAGUGUUAUCGCCGUUAAAUUCUUUGGCAUUCGGAAACAGCUCUGCAGUUUUUCAAAAGAGAAGAUAUUAAGAAUAUGGGAUGUUCAUCACCAAGUUUGCAUCCAAAGAAUAGCUGGGAUUUUCCCCAAAACAUUAGACUACCAGCUUACCUUUUAUUUUUCCGAACCCCACGGUCGCCUUUUCUUGUCGUUUAACAAUCAGCUAACGGUUUUGGAAAUGAAAAAAGAAUCCGCUAAAAAAGUUGUAAGCCACGAGAAGCCGGUAACCUGUGUGCUGUACAACUCUGCCUUCAAACAGGUAAUCAGCUCUGAUACAGGAUCAACCAUUACUUUCUGGAUGAUGGACACUGGGCAGAAAAUCAAGCAAUUUUCAGGUUGUCAUGGCAGUGCAGAGAUCAGCACAAUGGCACUGAAUUCGAGUGGAACAAGGCUUUUAACAGGAAGCACUGACGGAACUGUGAAGAUUUGGGAUUUCAAUGGUCAUUGUCACCAUAAACUAAAUGCUGGAAGAGGCCUGGCAGCUGAAAUUUCACAGAUACUGAUUUUGAAGAGAACCAUACUUGUUGUUGGAUGGGAGAGAUUUAUUACGGUAUUCCGAAUGAACACAAUAAAUCAGUUCCUAGUUCAACCUUCAGAAUGGAAAGGAGGGAUGCAGCAUCAAGAUGACAUCUUGUGUGCAACAUUUUUACCCCCACAAAAUCUGGUUACAGGAAGUUACGAUGGAGAAAUAGUGAUUUGGAAUAAUAAUACAGAAAAUGCUUCUCGUAAACUUCAUCCAGAUCCUAGAAGAGCUCUCAAAUCAAAGUCAGAUUCUGAGUUGCAAAGUGCUGGAAAAAGACAGAUUUCCUCCUCAUCUUCUGGGAGACACACACGUUCAGCGAGCAACCUCAACACAGAUUCUGACAGCAAUAAUACUGUAACAAGAUUGUUCUUCCUUGAGGCAAGAAAACAUGUCUCUGCAACAGGUGGCGCCAACCUGAUUUCAUGUGGAGGAUCUGGGUGUGUUCGAUUUUGGAAUAUAUAUAAAGGCAGUUUAAUUGCAGAAUUUGUAGCUCACGAAGGAGCUAGCUUCAUCAUUAUGGCCGUGGAUAAAUCAAAUCAAUACAUCUUUACAGGGGAUCACUGUGGCUGGGUUAAAGUAUGGGAUAUACAGGAGUACUGCAUUGAUCAUGUUGAAACGAUGAUUACUGAGCCUCCUCACUUGGUGGCAUCAUUCCAGCCUCAUAGUGACUGUAUUACACAUCUGGAAACCUGCACACACACCAAAUAUCUGCUGAUAAUCUCCGCGUCUGCAGACUGCAGUAUAUGUGUCAGCGAUGUCUAUGGAACUACCAUUGGAAUAUUUGGACAGGAGGAUCAUUGGAGUUUGGAGAAUUACGUGCCUCUACAUGUACCUAACAAUGUAUUAGAAAAUCCAGAGGAGAAACUGAUUGGAUCUAGAGACAUUCAAACGGAAGGUUCAGAUCCUCCGCUAUCAUUACACUUUGACAACCAUCUUACAGAAGAUAAAGAUGAACUGCCCUUUGAGACAAGUCCGUUGGAAGACAUUGCUUUGGGCUCAAAAUACAGAGAAACCUUAGCAAAAGAAAGAAUGCAUUCAAACAUCAGGGAGGAUUCAUUCCAAAACUCAAUUGGUAUAUUCAGUUUGUUGAAUAUAGGAACCCUUAACGAUAUCACUGAAGUCAACAAGCCAGACUUUAUUAUAAACCCAGAAAAAUACUUUGGAGAGAAAAUAGAAGAUACAGCCUUUAAUGAGUUAAAGCAUCACAAGCUCCCACAGACUUUGAAAGCGGUGUUUGAUGAGGGAAGCCUCUUCCCAAGAGAAAUUCUGGAAAAAGAACGAGCAGCCAAACAACUCAAAGAGAAGAUGCACCAAGACGCAAGGCGUAAAAGAAACAACAAAACAGCAAGGCCAAAGGAAAAAUAAC